AUGCCUUCAGAUUCUAAGCCCAACAUGUCGUUCGACGCUACCUCAAUCUCGACGUCCUCCCUCAUGAGCCAGAAGGAACGAGCCCAGCAGGAGAAGAAGCCUUCGCUGGUCAAGAGGGUCGUAACUGCCAUCAAGAAUAUUGAGCCUCCCGAGCCAAGAAUACCAGAAGGCAGACAUGAGCAUAUGCCGGCUUGGUCGAGGUGA